UCAUUCAAACAAAUCUCAUCAAAAGCAUAUAACUCAAACAUUCAUUCAUUCUAACACCAAAACUAAGUGUAGUUUGUUACCAAAAUUUCUCCCUUUAUUCCAGAUUCUGCAAGCCCUUUUUUUAGCUGCUUGCUCAUCUAUAUAAACCUUCAUUGUUUCCUCUCCUUCUUCAUCAAACUCACAACAUCUCUCUCUCUCAUCUCCAUCUCUCUCUCUCCCAAUCUUGAGAAAUGGCUCCGAGUUUGAACAAGGGCGGCUCCAACGCCGCCGUCGUCGUCGACGGCUUCACCAACUCCAUGAUCACACUGGACGAAUCCAACUUCGUCGUGAACGACCACAUCAUCCUCUCCGAGGUGCCCCUCAACAUCACGGCGGCGCCCUCGCCAUAUGCGGUGGCGGACAAGGCGGCCGCCUCCGAAUCCCCCGGCUGCUUCGUCGGCUUCGACGCCGUGGAGGCCAAGAGCCACCACGUCGUCCCCAUUGGGAAGCUCAAGAACAUCAAAUUCAUGUCCAUUUUCCGCUUCAAGGUUUGGUGGACCACCCACUGGAUCGGGUCGAACGGGUCGGAUCUCGAGCGGGAGACCCAAAUAGUCCUCCUAGACCGAUCCGGGCCGGGCCGGGCUGACCGGCCCUACAUCGUGCUCCUCCCGCUCAUUGACGGGGCCUUCCGGGCCUCGAUCCAGCCCGGGCCCGAUGACUCUGUCGACCUCUGCGUCGAGAGCGGGUCGACCAAGGUGACCGAGUCGUCGUUCCGGGCUUCGCUCUACAUGCACGCCGGGGACGACCCAUUCACGGUGGUGAAGGACGCCGUGAAGGUGGCGCGCCACCACCUCGGCACGUUCCGCCUCCUCGAGGAGAAGACGCCACCGGGGAUCGUCGACAAGUUCGGGUGGUGCACAUGGGACGCCUUCUACCUCACCGUGCAGCCCACCGGCGUGAUGGAGGGCGUCAAGGGCCUCGUCGACGGGGGCUGCCCACCAGGCCUCGUGCUCAUAGACGACGGGUGGCAAUCCAUCUGCCACGACGACGAUGACCUCAACACUGAGGGGAUGAACCGGACCUCGGCUGGCGAGCAGAUGCCCUGCAGGUUGAUUAAGUUCGAGGAAAACUACAAGUUUAGGGAUUACAAGAGCCCGAACCCGGCCCGGCCCGGCCCAAAAACCGGGAUGGCCGCCUUCAUUCGGGAUAUGAAGGAGACCUACACGAGCGUGGACUACGUGUACGUGUGGCACGCUCUGUGUGGGUAUUGGGGCGGGCUUCGACCCGGUGUGCCGGGCCUGCCCGAGGCCAAGGUGAUUGAGCCCUUGCUCACACCCGGGCUUAAGACAACCAUGGAAGAUCUUGCUGUGGACAAGAUUGUCAACAAUGGUGUUGGCCUUGUUCCUCCUAAACUGGCUGAGCAAAUGUAUGAAGGAAUGCACUCUCAUCUUGAAGCUGUUGGGAUUGAUGGAGUCAAAGUUGAUGUCAUUCAUUUGUUGGAAAUGUUGUGCGAGGACUACGGCGGUCGUGUGGAGUUAGCAAAGGACUACUACAAGGCGCUGACGAAAUCGGUGCAGAAUCACUUCAAAGGCAACGGUGUGAUUGCGAGCAUGGAGCACUGCAACGACUUCAUGUUCCUCGGCACCGAGGCGAUCACUCUGGGUCGCGUCGGUGACGAUUUCUGGUGCACGGACCCGUCGGGUGACCCCAACGGGACCUUCUGGCUGCAGGGCUGCCACAUGGUGCACUGCGCCUACAACAGCUUGUGGAUGGGCAACUUCAUCCACCCCGAUUGGGACAUGUUCCAGUCCACCCACCCUUGCGCCGAGUUCCACGCCGCGUCGCGUGCCAUAUCCGGUGGGCCCAUCUACGUGAGCGACUCCGUCGGGAAGCACAACUUUGAGCUCCUCAAGAGCCUCGUGCUCCCCGACGGCACCAUCCUCCGCUGCGACUACUAUGCCUUGCCGUCGCGCGACCGCCUCUUCGAUGAUCCCCUCCACGAUGGCAAGACUAUGUUGAAGAUUUGGAAUCUCAAUAAGUUCACCGGAGUGGUCGGAGCUUUCAACUGCCAGGGUGGCGGGUGGGACCGGGAGGAGCGACGCAACCAGUGCUUCUCCGAGUGCUCCCGCCCGGUCUCCGCCAAGGCGGGGCCGAGCGACAUCGAGUGGAAGCAAGGCACGAACCCGAUCGCCGUCGACGGCGUCGAGACGUUCGCGAUGUACCUCUACAGCGAGAAGAAGCUCGUGCUCUCAAAGCCCUCCGGUACCAUCGACAUCGAGCUCGAUCCGUUCAACUUCGAGCUGAUCACCGUCUCUCCGGUGAAGAACAUCGCCGGAACCUCCGUCCAGUUCGCGCCGAUCGGGCUGGUGAACAUGCUCAACACCGGCGGCGCGAUCCAGUCGGUGGCGUACAACGACCGCGCAAAGUCCGCGAAGGUCGGCGUGAAGGGAGCCGGAGAGAUGAAGGCGUACGCGUCGCAGAGGCCCGCGGCGGUCAAAGUGAACGGCGGGAACGUGAGAUUUGGGUACGCGGGAUCCAUGGUGGCGGUGGAGGUGCCAUGGGCGAAGCCGACUGGAGUUUCUGUGGUUGAAUACGUGUUUUGAUUUAGUUUCCUGAUUUGGGGAAAUCGUGCCCUAAUUUGAGAUGAAAUUGGGGCUUUUUUAAUUUUUUUUAUUUUGGGGAUUUUCGAUGAUUACAAGGGAUGUAUUUCGUUUCAAGAAAGGAAAUGUAUUUCCGAUUAACGGAAUAUGAAAUAAAUUUUCUGCAUAAGCUUUGCUUUAAUUGAAUACUAUAUUGGAUCA